AUGGCUGUUGAUCUCCAAGGGGCUCACGAUAACCCACAGUAUCAGAUCCAGAAGUCACUCGAGCGUGACAUGAGCAAGGUCGGAGUGAUAGAUCACAAUUCACACAUGGACUAUGCGGCUAUUGCUCAGGAAGCAAACCCGCAAAUGAUUAGGCAAUUGGAGACCAACCCCAUCGCCGAGGAACAUCUCAUUCAUGAAGAAUCUCUCGCAAAUGGGCCCAAGAACGGAAUUAUCACAAGAUCAGUGGAAAACGGUCAUCUCGCUACACCGAAUGCUCCUCCACGAACAUCACGACUUUUUCUCGCUUCACAGCAUCCCGCAGCCAGUCCGGUCGUGAAGCAUCUCGCUGAGAAGUAUGCUAUGCCUGCUCGCAUGUGGCGCUAUGGGAUUCAUUCCUGCUUGGAACUGUUGCGCAAAAGACUGCCUGCCUCGCUAGACCACAUGUUAGCCUUUAUAUACCUCUCGUAUUCGAUGAUGACACUCCUUCUGGAGAGUGUCCCGCAUUUCAGGGGAACCUGGAUUGAGUGCCUAGGUGAUCUAGCGCGGUAUCGUAUGGCAGUGGAAGAUACAGAUGUGGCGGACCGCGACAUUUGGGCAGGGGUCUCGAAGUAUUGGUACAAUCAGGAUACUGAUCAAUGUCCUGAAACUGGCCGGAUUCAGCACCACCUAGCCGUGUUGUCUCGUCCGGAUACUCUGCAGCAGUUCUUCUACUACACGAAAGCGUUGAUCAGUGUGCGCCCAUUUUCAAAUGCGCGGGAGAGCAUGGUCCAGCUGUUCAAUCCUAUCCUAAGUGCACCGGCUGAUAGACACACUCUGAUCACUUCUUUUGUGGCUGCUCAUGGUGCUCUUUUCAUGCAUAUGCCAGUUGAGCAGUUUGUUGCUCGGUCGAAGUUCUUCCUUUCCAAUCUGCGCCAGGAGGUUAGCUGGCUAGGCCGAGAGGGACAGCAAGGCGUCUUUAUCACAUCCUGUAAUAUCGCUGCGAUCUUUCAGUAUGGCGAUAAAGAUGGAGCCUUUGCUACGGAGUUUACUUACGACGGAAACACCACAGCAGAUGCUUAUGCUCUCUCGAGGCAGUGGGCGGCUACCACAGCACCCAAUGACCCAAAUAACCACCCAUACACCGACUUCUCAUCCCAAUUUGCAUUUCGCGCGAGCUCUCUCGCUUUUCACACCUUGAUAAUCAUCCUCGGUCAAGCCGGCGACCCGAACAUGCUUCCAACCGUGCAUGCCUCCAUGGCGUUCGUGUGGUGCCUCACACUCCACCCAGCAGCUAUCCAACGACUCGAGCCGCUAGUUCCAUGGUCGAUACUCGCAAACUACCUAAACACUUUACUCCGGCCCGACACCAACAUUGCAAAAAUUGAAGAUGAAUCGUUCCCCCGAAUCGACGACACAACCUCUCAACAGCUACCGGAGGACUUUUUGAUUAGAGGACAAACUUGGAGCCGGCUUUACUACCCUGCGAAAUUCUUCGACGAGACGGCUGUAGAAGACGACAGAUCAUUGAUUGAGGAGCCAUCAACAAUGCUCCCUAGAAGACACAGAUGCUUGUGGCUUGGAGUGCGGAUUGCAACUUUCUCUCGCUGGAUGACAUAUGACCAGACUCGACGGUUCACGCCUACCAGACUCGCACACGAAUUUGCGCCAAUUGCGCAAUCUACUGAUCACCUCAGUGGGAAUAUUUACUUGGCACCUAGUCCCUCGCUUGUUGACCAGGAGAUGGAGGAAGUUUGA